GAACUUCGGUGACUGAGAGGAUGGUGGUCCAAUAGGAGUGCGACUCGGCUCCCCCGCGGGGCUGUGAUUGGUCUGCGGGGUGGCGGUGGGGCGGGGCUGUGAGAUUACAGCAGCAUCUCUCUCCCUCCGCAGAUCCAUCAGACAUCUGGAGCAGCCCUACCCGGGAAUCAGACCCCUGAGCAUCGAACGCUGACACCCUCCACCUACUCACCCCGGUGUUCGCAGUCUGUUUCCCGACACGUACCCGCUCUUCGGUGUUGCUGUGGUGGCUCUGUGGGCUGCAUCUCCGGAGGGAGGCUGCUGCGCUCCGGAGAGACGGACGGUCCGUUUCUGCCAGUGAAAACACGGAGGUACUAAGCCUAAACCCGGGAGGAUGGUGAUGGACUGAGCUGAUCCGACGUCUGAGAGGUUUUUAGGGCCCGAUGGAAGCUGCGACACAUCUGGACCUGGAGCGUCUGGAUCCCGGCUCCAGCUUCAGUCUGGAUUAAAGAGCCGUGCUCAUCACCGGGGGUUCGGUGUAUUUGUUUUCUUCUUUUAGUUUUUGCCCUUUCCUCACAGAUAAACGGUCCUGAUUGAGAGUUUGAAGGAGCAGGCGGAUCCCCCUCCUCCUCCUCCCCCUGCUGGUCUGGAUUAAAGCCCAUCAGGAUCAUGAAUCAUCCCCCCUCCGUGACUCUAAUCUGGGUUUUACCGAGCUGGAUUUAAAUCUGAGAUCUGAUCGGGAUUACUCUGUUCCUGGUUCUGAUCGGGUCACAUCUGGCCCGGUCUGAACCGGUCCCGGAACUGGUGUGAUCUUUGACUCGGUCCCGGUCUUCUUGGUGCUGGUUUGGGGGAGGUCUGCUAUCAUCAUGCCGACGUCCCGGCCUGGUUCGGAGCCGGUGGAGUUCUGGGUGGACGGAUCAAGGCGGGACGGGACUGUGGAGGAAUUCUACACCCUGAGCUCGGAGCUGGGCAGAGGAGCGACUUCUAUUGUGUAUCGCUGUGAGGAGAAACAGACCCAGAAGCCCUACGCUGUCAAAGUCCUCAAGAAAACGAUUGACAAGAAAAUUGUUCGCACCGAAAUCGGCGUUCUGCUGCGUCUUUCUCACCCAAACAUUAUCCAGCUGAAGGAGAUCUUUGAGACAGACACAGACAUUGCUCUGGUGCUGGAGUUGGUGACUGGAGGAGAGCUCUUUGACCGGAUUGUGGAACGUGGUUACUACAGUGAGAGAGAUGCCGCUCAUGUCAUCAAGCAGAUUCUGGAGGCUGUGGCGUAUUUACAUGAGAACGGUGUUGUGCAUCGUGACCUUAAACCAGAGAACCUGCUGUACGCCGACCUGUCUCUGGAUGCUCCGCUGAAGAUAGCUGACUUUGGUCUUUCAAAAAUCGUAGAUGACCAGGUGACCAUGAAGACAGUCUGCGGUACUCCGGGGUAUUGCGCUCCAGAGAUCCUGCGGGGAAAUGCCUACGGCCCUGAGGUGGACAUGUGGUCGGUGGGCGUGAUCCUCUACAUCCUACUCUGUGGGUUUGAGCCCUUCUUCGACCCAAGAGGGGAUCAGUACAUGUAUAGUCGCAUCCUCAACUGUGACUAUGAGUUUGUUUCUCCGUGGUGGGACGAGGUCUCCCUCAAUGCUAAGGAUCUGGUCAGUAAGCUGAUUGUCCUCGACCCUCACAAGCGCCUCAGUGUCCGGGAGGCCCUGCAGCACCCCUGGGUGCUGGGCAAAGCUGCCCGGUUCUCUCAUAUGGAUACUACCCAGAGGAAACUACAGGAGUUCAACGCUCGACGCAAACUUAAGGCGGCCAUGAAAGCUGUCGUGGCCACAAGUCGGAUGCAUGAAGGUUCGCGGCGUCGCACAGACAGCUGUGACAUUCCAGGUUCAGGGGCUUCCAGGCAGAGCAGCAUGCAGCAGGACCCGCCUCCUGAGUCUGCAUGCUCCACCCAAAAAGACAAAGAGGCUCCACCUCCUGACCAGCAGUUGCCACAGGAAGUUGAAUCGAAGUCUGCUGACCCAAACGCCCUCAGCCCCUCUCCUCCACACAGCCCCAAACUACCCAGCUCUGAUGUCACACCCGCAGGGCCCAUCCCCACCAGACCGCCACUGCGCGCUGAUGGGCUGCGACAAGUAUCUGUAAUCCCUAAAAGCAUGCUGGUCCAACCCCGGCUGCCGCAGAAAAGCUGCUCUGUCAUAGAGCCAACCCCCAGAGUUGGGGCCACACCCACACUGGGCUCACCCCCGAGUCCCAACAACCUCAGCAAUGGCUUCACAUCUGGGGCGGAGCCUACCAGUAAGACCACCCACUGCCAGUGAUCACAUGGCAAAAUUUAAAAAAUUCUCGACUCUGCUUCAGUUUCACACAGAAGUAAAAAACGUUCAGCUUUCAGCAGCUAAAUGAACUCAUUUGGACCAAAUUACAGUAAACCUAAAAUCUGCAGCUCACAUUUAACCCGCAUCACCACACGUCUGGGAUCUCUUUGGCUUACAUGCUAACAGAUACGGAUUCAUGGAGGGGUCGCUGGACAUUUCUGAAGAUGGGCAGGUGUUUUAGCUUCUGUUUUUUAGUAUAAAGGCCUUCGAUUAUUUAGGAGAAGUAAAAAUAAUUUCCCCCAUCAGCACUCGUUUAUGUGAGGGUUGACUAAAAACACAAGAAAUGUAAUAAAUGCGAAUUGUCUGUUAAGCACUUCAGUCUCAGCAGCACUGUCGAGCUUGUUUGCUCAUUUUCACUGAGACAGUGGACGUGUUAAGCUAAGUCAGUGACAAAUAACCAGCAUGCUGGGGAGCAGUUAUCAAGGCCGUGCACAUUUGGACCUGAGGGUGUGUUAGCAUUUAGCUCACCCACUACAGCACUUCAUCAAGUAGCUCUGAAUUAUUCAGCACAUCAGCAAGACUCAAUAUAUUUUUGCAAAGACUCAACAUAUUUGGAAGAAAUUCGAAUAAUAAAAUAACUCGUAAGAGCUACAAUUUAUUUGUCUUACCACAGAAAUGAACCAGUGACGUGUGUGUUUACAACCAAAAUGAAGCACUCGAUCAGUGACACUGGACGAUGGCGCCUGUUAUCACACCUUCUUACUUACAACCGGUAUCAAAAGGGAGCUAUUGUUUUUGAAGUUCUUAUUUUUUGUUAUUUUCUGUAAUAGGUUACAGUUUGAGCUGUUAAUAUUAAACAUGGCUAACAUUUCAAAUAAAAAGGUGAACGUAUGUAAAAGUUAUCCAUAUAUGCAAAAAACUCAGAACUUAAAACUGUUUUCUGCUGUUUUUUGUAUUUCUUUUUAAAUGUAUUAUUUUUUAAUGUUCAAAAUCUUUAUGUUUUCAUCUGCUACAGGCAGUAUAUGCUUACCUAGUGUCAGGCUUACAGAAGUUAGCAGAUUUGAAGAAAGUGUUUUUUGGGUGGGGGUGUGGGGGACGGAUGAAUAGCUCAUUUCUGACAGGAUGAAUUGAGGAGUAUUUUUAACUCUGCUAACUCUGCACUUACUAUCUCAGUUGUAGAGAUUUGGGGAAACUUCAGAAUAAAUAGGCCACUGUGGCUUUCAAAGUAAACUUUAAUGGAGCACACAUUAGAAAAGUAAAAACUAACACCCAGAAAGUUUCUGGAUUACUGCAACUAAAUGCAGUUAUUGACUGAGCAGUUUAUUAAUACAGAGUUUUUAAUAACCCAGAUUCACCAACAAAAUCUGCAUCUAACAUCAAAGAGGUUAAUCGCCGGAGAAAUAAACGACAGGUUUUCUUCAGGGAGGAAAAAAGUGCUUCAUUUUUGCUACAAACAUUUAUUUUGGUCUUUGCAGACUCCCACAUUAAAGGGACAUUACAACAUUUUGCACCAAACACUUUUGCUAAAUUUGACUAUGACUCACAUGUCCUACAGUUAGCUUAGCAUAGCAUAAUACUGGCAAUAAAGAAGCAGCUAGCUUUAAGUCCACUUUCCACCACCUUCAGACUUAACAGCCCAGAUCUCGUAAACAGACUUGGACUGCUAUCAUGUGGGCUUGAUGAAUGUAUCCGGUACCUGAGGAAUUAGGAUCAAAUUUUGACUCUGUUUCUUUUCUUUAGCUUUUCUGUGGUAACAUUUGGGUGAGAUCUGGCAAAGAGCUGACUGUUUGUGGGCCCAGAUUGUGAUUGUGCCUGCUGUGAUUUAGAUUUGCACCACAGCUUGGGUUUAACAAAAUCAAGUUCAAGUCCAACAUUCAGAUAAUGUAUGGAUUCCCUAACUGAGUGGCACCGCAGGCCGACCUUUACUGCAGCUAAACAUUUAACAAUCUAAUUGAAAAGAAAAGGAAUUCGUUCAAUUUCCACAAAGAGGCAAUAAUCAAUUAUUUCUAUCCUAUCCCAGGUUUAAUGUUCAUGCUUUCUGUCUGUUGGCAGGUGUAGGUGGAAUUUCCUCCAUACUUAACACAAAAACAUGAAACUGAAAUCCAUGCUGAUCUUUUCCUUUAAGUCCUGAUCUGGGACAAACUGAGACUUGAGUAUUAUGUUUGGGCUUCUUCUUCUUCUCCUGACGCAGAAAGCGGACUUUUCCUGUGAUGCUCAGGACAGAGACUGAUUGUAUUUUAUUAAACGUACACAAUGACUUGGCGCUCACCUGCAUGAACGGAUGCUCUUUAUUCAUGGACAAGGAGAGAGAGCGCAGCUUCAUUUCUCGGCUUUUUCUUCUUCUUCUGCAUCCCUUUUUUUAGCAUGCGCGCUCAGACGCUUCAGACUUUCAUGUUGCUGUAAAACUCUGAGUUUUUUAAUCCUUUUUACUAUUUACCGCCGACACCCGCUGCCGUGAUUACGCAGCUGUAUGAGUAAAUAGAGUUCCUCCAGUGUGUAGCGUUCAGGUAAGUAACUCGUGUUUGUGAUCUUCUCGUAAAACGUUGUGUUGUUUACACUUUAUCAGCAGUGACGAUGCGAUCUUAUUUGCACUGUACAUACUGUAGUUUGGUUUUAGACAAGUUAUUACUAACAUCUACUGCUCGACUCGCUAAGAAACAUGUUCAGUGUUUAAGCUCCCAAAUAUACCAAAUUUGACCUUCGUGGAAAAUAAACCCCUUUCAUCCGAUCUAAAACCACACGUUCUACCUCUCUUUGUACAGGGGCUUCCAAAAUGAAAUGAAAAGAUGCAGAUCUGGAAAGAAAAUGAGAUGAGACAAGAAAGAUCCAAUUUACAUUUACACUUAAAGUUAUGGUGGCCAAGACAGAACCAACAGAAAGUCUGAGAAAACACAAGCAAGCACUUUAAGCCAGCCAACAGUGUAUGCUACCUAGCAGGAAACAUUAUACUGUUUGCUGGUUCCACAGUAGUUAAUCGCUGUGAGGUUUUGGAGUUUGUUUGAGGAGUUUGUAAGAACACUACAUUGGCUACCGAGCGGUUUCUCAAACAUUUUGUUUGAUGUGUCCAAUGUCCACUCACGACACCACAGCUCAUUAGUCAACAAGUCCUGAAUUUAUCACGAGCCAGUGCAGGAAAUUCCUCUUAACUGACCGCACAUAUGCUCACACAGAGCAAUUCAUUUGUUUGCUUAAUCACUGAGUGAGGCUGGUCAGGAGGCUCGCGAUGAACUGGCUGCUUCAGAUGUUGUUUAUCAGCAUCUGAUAGCAAGGCCACGAUCUCCGAAAAAUCACGGAGAGCCUUGCCAAGAUGCCUCUUACUUCAUUGUUUUCUGCAUUCGUUCCUUGUCUCACUGCAGGCAAGCAGUUUUCUUGUACUGCAUAUGAAGAAUGGACACGACGUUGGUUUUUUGAAUAGAUGAGAGGGUGGAUAGCUCAUGUAUCAGCUGACACUAGCAAGCUUGGUUCGUAAGCUGCAUCCAUUAGCGUAAGGUGAAUGAUGCAGUAUUCUCUCACUGUGCUUCUGAAAGUGAAAGAAGGAUGCUCAACUGCAUCUGAAUGACAUCAUCUACAGUUGAAUCUGCCUCCAGUUGUUUCUCAGCAGAGAGCUCAGUCCACAGUGAACCGCUUCACAUAAAACCAGUCCAGUCUCUACUUUAUCGAGACGUUUUCACUUUGCAAACAGCAAACCUGCAUCACAGCAUCAUGUCUGGAAGAUAACUAAAGCUAAUAUCUCACAGCUUUGAUUCUCAGCGGUUAAAUCACCCACACAGACGCCCUGCUGAUUUUAGGAUCGAAUCUUUUAUUUGAAAAGAAGCUAAUUAUGUCUGCAGCACACCAGGCUGGAUGAACGUCAUUAUAUAUCAAAUUUGUAAAUCAUAUUAAUAUGUUGAAGCAAUGCAUAUAUCUGGUAUGUGAUUUAGCUAUCUUUUGAUUCUUUUGACUCAAUUCUUUUCAGAACUGAGUUAAAAGAAUCUCAUUUUAAAGCACUUUAAGAAGAAACGUGAAGAGAUGCAGUAAAGUCUCAUUAAGCAGUAAACUGUGGUGUUUACAGCUGCCUAAAGGUCUCUGCUUUGUGUUCUGUCUCAGCCACCAUACAGAUUAUGAAGAGGAGCACAUUUGUUCCUGAAGGGCUUUUCUUUUUUUAAAGAGGAACCACAGCUGUAACCAACACUGCUCCCACAAUUGAUGAAAACUGAUGAAUAGGUGGACAUGCUGAUCACAAGCUUACCAUCUCAUAAAUUCAACAGUCUGUCUAAUCGCUGUCCCAUAUUUUAUUUAGAUAAAAAAUGUAUUUGCAUUUAUGCAUCAAAUCAUUCUCUUCAAUUCAGACCACUCACCCGGGUUUUCACAUGGUUACAUGGGAAGUAAUGAAUCAUUAAAAAGGAAAUAUCAAACCUGCAGUUUCAGACUGUCAGUCACAAAACAUAUAUUUUGGAUUUGAAUUUCAGUUUGUGAUUUGGUUCCUCUUUAAACCAUCCAGUUAAAGCACGAGUUUUCCGUUGGACAGAUGUGUCACAGCUGGAUGCCACGUUUACCUGAGCACAGGUGUUUAAAGCUUCUUGCCAGACGGAACACACUGGAUAACUAGCAGUCGCGGUGAACGCAUGUAACUGUAUAUUUGAUUUAUAUCUAUACGCUUCUGUAAGAACAUGAACAUUUUGCUUCUAUUUAUCUAGCCUGUUAGAGAUUUGCAGGGUGGGGUUGAAGUGGGUGGGGCUACAACUGUAAAUGGUAUUUGUUUUGUGUUUGAUGAGUAUAAUUGUACCUUUUUUUAAAGAUUCUGACAGCUGACAUAUAAAGUGACAGUGUAACAGUCUGAGCUGUUACACGUGUAUCUUUGCAUGUAUUAUUUAACUUCCUUUGAUCACAUCAGAUUGAAGAAGCAAGCAGGGAGUUUGAAUCCUGCAGGACUCUGUAACAGCUGCUCAGCUGAUCUGAGGUCUGUUUGAAUGAACUUUUGCUGCAGGAUGUUUCAGGCAGGGUUUUGCAUCACAUGUACAGUAAAGGAUAUGAAUCACUCA